GUUACUUAGCAUUUUUAUUUCCUCCAUCAAGGAAUUUGACCACUAGGGUUUUUCUUGUUAACAUGAGAUGUGUGUUGGUUAUUCAGCAGUUACUGUGAUUGCUGUCGUUCUCUGGUCACAACAAAAACGCACUUGCUCAACAGGAUCACCUUUGCAACUUUGAAAACGUUCCACAGCCUUUGGCUGCACACUAGACUAAUCAAAUGCCAAAUUUUGAUCAUGGAACACAGGGUUCAGAGACACUCUGCUCGGUGGUUCCAUCGUGCAGGCAGGUCUGGGAAUCAGUCUGGGUUCUAGACUUCUCCUAUCCCAUUCACCUGACUGCUUGGUAGAAUCAGUGCGCAUUUGCGGACAUCGAAAUUCCUAUAACCGAGGCGCACACAUCUGGGUUUUGUACUGUAACUUGAACACAGAUCUUUCCCACUUAUCUAGAAUGGGGACAGUGACUGUGUCGUGCCCAGCUGCGUGUGUGUGACCAUCACUUGUGUAAGGACUGCAACCACAGUCUCAGCUGGGCCUGCCCGGAGGGAGAGAGGGAAGAGCAGGAAGAGCGCUCGCAGCCUGGGGCGCUGGGCCCGGGCGGGGAAGACAGGCUCGGCCGCUCCCGCGGGGAUCAGCCCCGGGGCCCACCUUCCCCUUCUCGGCGCCGCUCCUCGCCCACCCCGACCCGCGAUCGCGGCCCAGGGCUGGUGUUGGCGCCCCCUUCUCGGUUCCCGCCUGCACCGCGGGGUUCAGAGCUCUGCUCGAGUCAUGGAGCUGGGGCCGCACAGCAGGCCCGCUGAGCCGGGGCGUUGCGUGAGCGGCUCGCCGAGCGCGGGCUCAGCGUUCCCGGCGUCCCGGGUGUCUGCCGCCGGGGCCGAGCCCGUGAGUCGGCCCACAGCCGUGGCCGCCGUGCUGCCGGCCGGAGGCUGCGGGGAGAGGAUGGGCGUCCGCACCCCGAAGCAGUUCUGCCGCGUUCUGGAGAGGCCGCUCAUCAGCUACACCCUGCAGGCCCUGGAGAGAGUAUGCUGGAUAAAGGACAUUGUCGUGGCAGUGACAGGGGAGAACAUGGAAGCAAUGAGGAACAUCAUCCAGAGGUACGGGCACAAGCGCAUCUCACUAGCUGAGGCCGGAGCCACGCGCCACAGGUCGAUUUUCAGCGGACUGAAAGCCCUGGCAGAGGAUCAGCCAGCCUGUAAACUCGCUAAGCCAGAAGUGGUGAUUAUCCACGAUGCCGUGAGACCUUUUGUGGAGGAAGACGUUCUCCUGAGAGUUGUCACGGCGGCUAAGGAGCAUGGGGCAGCAGGGGCAAUUCGACCUCUGGUGUCCACUGUCAUCAGUCCCGCGGCAGAUGGCUGCUUGGACCACGCCCUGGACCGGGCCAAACACCGGGCAAGUGAAAUGCCACAGGCUUUUCUCUUUGAUGUGAUCUAUGAGGCGUAUCAGCAGUGUAGUGACUAUGACUUGGAAUUUGGAACAGAGUGCUUGCAGUUGGCCCUAAAAUACUGUCACACGAAAGCGAAACUUGUAGAAGGGCCCCCCGAGCUCUGGAAGGUGACCUACAAACAAGAUCUGUAUGCAGCCGAAUCACUGAUUAAGGAGAAAAUUUCACAAGAGAUUUGUGUGGUUGUGAACACAAAAGAUGAAGAAUCUGUAGGGCAUCUUCUCAAGGAAGUGCUAAAAAAUGAAUUAAAUUGUGCUACCAUCACAUCCACAGCUCUGGACCACUCAGGUGGAGACAUUCAGAACUUCCUCAUAGACCAGUGCUGUAGCUUCAUCUGGGUGACUGUUCUGUCCUCUGAUUUUCAAGAGACCCGGAAGUUCCUGACUGCACUUGAGGAGAGCAGCCUUCCUCUCUUGUAUCCAGUAGUUGUUGUUUUGGUACACUGCCUUGACUUCACCUUAGUCCCGCCCACUCAGAAGAUGGAAAGCCUGAUGUGGAUCAGGGGCUUGGCAAAGGAAGUGAAAAAAAGGAAUGUUUUAUUAAGUGGACUCCUCAUAAACUACUCACAGGAUGAGCAGAAACUACAAGAGAGUUUACAGCAAGGUGCUUCCAUCAUAGCUGCCCUAGUUAAAGAAAGAAGUCCUGCACUCGCUGGUCAGCUCCUGGUGGCAUGAAGAACACAGACCAGUCAUCAAUGAGCUGCCAAGGACACUUCCCCAGACUCCACCUCGUGCCUGUCUCCCCACCUCACUGUCUCUCUCUCAUGUGUGGGAGAGAUGUUUAGUUGUUUUCUCCAUCUUGCCACUUAUAGGAUGUAAUGUUUAGGUUGUCAAGAUGGGUUAGUGUUCAUGUCCAUGAAAUUAUGUGUGUCAAACAUAAAUGGCUUCAACCAUAAAAGGAUAGAUAAAUGAAAAAUACUGCCCUUAUGUAAGGAACCUGCUCACUCCUCCAGGGAGUCCAAUUUCAAUGAUCAAGUGAGCUAUCCCUUCAGGAGAUGAAACUUUAGACAGCUUAGCUAUUAUCUUAACUCUAUGUAACUUAACAGAUUGGUGCCAUUUUGAUGGAGACAAUGAAAAUGCUUCAGAAUUAUCCAGAACUCUAAAAUUGUCUUCUCACUAUGUGAUAUUAUAUCUUUUUGCCUUGUUUUAGAAUUCAUCACAUCUUAUAAAGAAAAGGGAAGCUGGGGAAUUGACUCAGUGAGAAAGUACUUGCUGAGUAUGAAUGGAGCAAUAUCACAAAAGAAAAAGAAAAGGCUUGGAAAUGUUGGGUAUAAACAAGAACUGGGUUGUCUCCAGUUUUUUCACCUUUCCCUCCUGUUGCUCUCAGUCUCUGAAGAGCCUGGAAUUCCUGUCCACUCUUCUAUUUUUUUGGGGGGAGGGGGUUCAAGACAGGGCUUCUCCGUGUAGUUUUGAUGACUGUCCUGGAUCUCACUCU